UUUCUGUCUCCCUCUCUCCCUUUCUUUCUUUCAUUCAGAAAGAAAUCACACAAACCCAGCCAAAAAACCCUAUCACUGUAAGCCUACACCACCGCCGCAAGGAGUGGCAUACUGCCGCCGUCCGUCGCAUAAAAAAGGUCGCCAUCCGUCCGUCUAUCUAGCUUCCCUCGUGCUCCAAGUCUUCAACCCCUGUUCGCUGUCACCGAUCGCGGCUGCUUCCUCGAGCUCGGCGUCCGUCGUCUUUGUCUGCUCAGCCGCGCUUCCGUCGCCGAUUGUUUGCCGUUCACGUUCGCUUGGCGUUCACCGUUCGCGUUUACUCGCCGUUCACCGUUCGAGUUCGCAUUUGCGUUCGUCUGGAAGCCACGUUGCUCUGCUUCAAACUCUGCGACCAAGCCGCGCGCUCCACCUAGCCGUCGAACUGCUCUCUUUUGUCGCCGCCGAAAUUCUUUGAGGUAUAUAAGAAUUCAGAAGGAAGACUAAUUCAACGAUUGACAUUUUUGGUGGUAAAAGAAGAAGAUGCAGCAGAGAAAAGCAGGGUUGGGGAGACCAUCUGGAACUGAUGGCUCAGAUUACUCAUACCGUAUGGUUGUUGAUUCAAGAUAUCAGUUGGUUGCAAAGGGCAAGCAACGCCUUUCUCGCCUAUUUAUCUUUCAGGGUCUAUUUUUAUUAAUGGGAGUGAUAUUUGCAGUUUUGCCAGCAAUGAAAAAGGAUACUCCAAAUAGAGUUGCCCUUUCUUCCGCUCUUGUUAGUUUCAUUUCUCUUGCCAUUGCAGAAAUAGGUCGAAGACGAAGCCGGGCCAGUUUGUUGAGAUUUUAUAGUGUGAUAUCAUCUCUUGCUGUGAUUUCGUUGACCAUGUCUCUAGUUAAGCAGUAUUCUCUGCUGAAGGCCAUCCAGGAUUUUGGUUUGAAAGGAACAAGCAUGUUUGAUGCUGAUAACUUUCCUGGCUUUCAAGUUGGUUUGCUGGUAUAUAUAUUCACACUAUUGUUGUUUAAGAUUAUUACCAUCAAAGCAGUUACUUCCCUUCUUUAUAACAUGUCCCCUCCCAAGAAAGCAUCUUAGUCUUUCAUCAGGUUUUGGGACAAAAUCCAAAAUACCGUCAGAGUAGCAAUGUUAUGAGGUUUUUAAUUCACGUGGACAGGAUAGCCUGAGAUAUAUUUGCACGGAAUGUUUUUGUUAGUUUUGAAUUAGGAUGAGUUUGGAUUAGCUUUUGAUUAAAAAAAAAAAAGCAAUUGUGUUUGUAUAAAACAAAGUAAGUAUUUUUCCGGUA